CGAGUCUUCCUCAAAAUGAUUACACAAAGCCACAAAUGUCAAGGUGUAAUUUUGCUGUUACCUCCUCCACUAAAAUAAGUAUUUAACCUUCUUCUCUAGACACUGGAUUGUGGUUGUUGGCUGGGUUUUAAGCCAGGACAUUGUGAUCACCAGCAGGACAGCCUUGAGAAAAAAAAGUUGGGGACAUGAAUGACUUCAGUGGACCAGAGUGCAGGUAUCAAAGAGACUUAAGCAGAGGUUCGUUUGUUCCCUCUCACUGCCAUCUGGAGUUCUCAACGAGCUUCAAUGAAGGCGUUCAUUCAGGCCCAGUCCAGCACUACAGAGACCACAGAGCACUACUUUAUACCACACAUCAGGAUGGGCCAGGGUGUCCUGGAGUGGACAAGUCACUCAGGGACGAUGAUUUAGACUGUUACCGAUUUUAUUGUCCAGUUUCUUCUGACCCUUCUCCUUCUUUGGCCCAAUACUCAUCCGUCUCGUACCCCGAUUACCUGCUGCAUCAGGCCGGCCCUUGUCAUUUCUUGAGUCCUCCACCAGGCCUCGGUAAACACGCACCGCACCCCUGGACGCCUGAGGAGGCUUUUCUCUGUGGGAUGCCUUCAGCGGAGAUGCGUGAAGCUGUGGCCAGCAUUAACUCGGAGGGAGCAGACGAGCUCUACAAACAGGCCUGUUCCAGACACAAGUCUGCUGGAGAGCUCAGACAGUGUAACCAGCUGGACAUGGGCCAAAAUUCAAGCCAUCCGCUCACUGUUUUAAUGCCACCUCGUGAAAAGACGGGAGAGAAGCUUGCAGUCCAGAAUGGAAAUAUGUGUCAGGUUGUGUGUGAUGUAAAUGGCGGAGGGCAGAUGGUUUUACUGAAUCACUGCAGCCCGAGUCAGAUUAUCCACCCCAUGGUCCUGGGCCACAGUGUGUCCAGUGCUGAGCCCCCACUCUAUACUGCAGACCACCCACACUCUCCUGAACACUGUCCACUACAGGGACGAGGUGAUGGACCUGUAAGCCAGGUGCCGGGGGGAUACACUUCUCCACCAUACCUGUCCUCCUUUACCAACUCCAAUACCCACCCGUCCUCCAACCUCAUCUCUACUGCUCCCGGCUACACCUUCAACACCAUGCCAGGACCGUACACUUCACAGUUCCAUCAGACUCCCUGUGCUGCUCGUGCUGAUACAGUGGAGACACGCCACAGUGGAGCCCAAACCGUACGUGCCUGGGAACGGUCAAAGAAGCCUUGCAACUGCACAAAAUCACAGUGCUUGAAACUGUACUGUGACUGCUUUGCAAACGGAGAAUUCUGCAGCAACUGCAAAUGCAUCAACUGCUGUAACAACAUUGAGCACGAGUCUGAGAGAUACAGAGCCAUUAAGACCUGCUUGGAAAGGAACCCGGCGGCUUUCCGUCCAAAGAUCAGCAACAGGAAGUUGGGGGAUGUGAAAAAUCGACACACGAAGGGCUGCAACUGCAAGCGCUCAGGCUGCCUGAAGAACUACUGCGAGUGUUAUGAGGCCAAGAUCAUGUGCUCUUCCACCUGCAAGUGUGUUGGCUGUCGGAACUAUGAUGGAAGUCCAGUGAGGCAACACACAGCAUGGCAAAGCCCUGAUGCCACUGACAUCUACAGCACUGGCUCCAAGUGUCCUCUCUCCUGCAUCACGCCCGAUGUUGUGGAAGCUACAUGCGGCUGCCUGCUGGCCCAGGCCGAGGAGGCCGAGCGGGAAGGGCACACGCGGCCUCACGCUGAGAGACUGAUUUUAGAGGAGUUUGGACAGUGCCUGACGCAAAUCGUGCGCUCAAUAUUUAAAUCCACAGGUGUGCAGUGGUAGAUCAGGAACUGCAUCCCCCACCGUUACCACAGGCCAUUUUAGGGACGAGGGAAAACACACACACACACGCACACAUUUUCUAAGCUGCUUCUCCCUCAGGGUCGCAGGGGGUGUGGGAGCCUAUCCCAACUGCCAUCGGGCGGAAGGCAGGAUAGGGAAAACACAGUGCUUUCAAUUUGCCUGAUUUUGAAUACGUCAGGUUGUUUGCACAUAUAUUUCUGGAAGGCUGAAAGCACCAUUUUUUUAUAGUGUGUGAAAAUAUUCCAUACAGUAUUUCAGCGCACUAAACAACAGAGCCUUGAAUUUUUCACGAUGUUCAAAUGUGUACAUUAUUUCCGCAAGAAUAAAAUAUAAACAUGCGUCACAAAACAUGCAAUAUAUCA